AAUUUGCCGCUAAAACCGUAUCGUGUUAGUCACUAUUACAUUCACAAUGAAGUCAUCAGUUUUGCCACACGAGUCGAGCCGGACACUUGUGUGCAUUUGAGUUAAGUAUGUUAAGGUUUCUGUCAACCUUAACUAAUACAGUAGCCGUAAACAAGAAUCUAGUGAGAAUGACAAGUAUACACAGUGCAUAUAAAGAGGACGUUCACGAUGUGCCAAUGUCUGUUAUAAUCAGACCUUUUAUUCCUGAGUUAGACGAAGCAAAGGUGCAAUCUCUUAUGGACACUAUUCAGAAAGACGAAUUGCAGGGCGUAGUUCCUCCAAUAGACGUUCUCUGGAUUAAGGGCAGAGAGGGUGGCGACUACUACUACAGUUUUGGAGGGUGCCAUCGUUUUGCGGCGUACAAUAGACUGAACCGAUCCACCAUACCAGCUAAGAUCGUUAAAUCUACACUCACAGACUUACGAAACUAUUUAGGUAGCAGUACACCGGAGCUUAAGUGACAUUGAUAUUGCCUUAGAAAUACUGAAUAAUCCAACACAUAUGAGGUAAACACGGAAUUGAUUUUAGAGUGAGGGGAUGGUUGUAAGGGGUACAUUAAUUGUAAAGUAGAAACAAUUGGUUACAAAUAAAUAAAUAACCAAAUAAUAUAAAACUACAUUUUAUUUAUUUUGUAUAAUCAUAUGCUUAGAUAUUAAGCGAUUUAUAUUUUAUAUAUAACACAAAACAAUGA